GAUAUCUGAGCAUUGCGAAGUGUAACUCGUCUAUUCAACACAAAUUACUGUGAUCUCGAUGUAUUUGCCAAUUCGAUUACUGCCUCUAGGAUCCGAACGAUUGUGAUGAGUUUCGCCCGUAGAUGCUUUCCAGCACCACAUCCAGACCCAUUAGGGUCUGGCAAGAUGCACUCAGUGUGACCCGGCCUUGGGAUGGCAAAGGUCCAUUGAAGAUACGGUCUAUGCAAUUGGCGGUCAGGCACAGGUAUUUUCAUGGAGUUAGCUCUCAACACCUCAAACUUCGCCCACCGCAGGGUCGACUUCUUUGUUAUGUGCGAGUAUUUUUCAACCAUAAAAGCCUUUUCAGCUCAACAGCCAUUGCGCACGGGAAACCGCCGAAAAAGCAGAAAGCCAAACCUGCUUCCUCAACUCCGGCGACACAAGUCAGCAAAGUCAUUCCACCCAGAACGAAGCCUCGGGACUACGUUCCUACAAAUGUCAGAUUGGCACGGCUCGAAAAGGUUAGAGGAGAAGCAAAUCCGCCACCACCGGUUCUGAGCUCGAGGCGGCAUUGGCUGAGCACAAGUUUCUCACAGACAGUCACUAUGCGGCAGUAGAGGCUGAGAACAGCAUUUUCUAGUUCAAGCACAAGUUGCUGGCAGGAGAAAGCAGGUCUGAGGAGGGAGCUAGGGAUUGCCAAAAAUGUGUGCGCCGGAAUCGACGAUCCUGUGGUUCGCAAAAGUUUGAUCAGAUGGAAUGAGAACACAUGCAAUCAUCUCGAGGGGUCCUUCAAAGCUCUUCUGAAAUUGCGAGCCAAAAUUGCAAGAUUGAGUGGAUUCAAGAACUUUCUCGAGCUCGAAGCUGCUGGCUACGCCGUUGCAGGUAAGUACCGACACCGCAAGCUGCUGGACGUACAGUCCGCAAUGAGCGUUAUGGGUGAAUUGCAAGCCCAGUUAGCUCCCACUAUAGAAUCUUUCAUCGAGAACUUACGAGAAUUGAAACUUGUGGAUAUGAGAUCUCGCUCAAAAGCUCAUUCCAGACCAAGCGCGGCUGAUGUAGGACUGAACUGGGGAGAUGUCGAAUACUAUGGGCUCAAAGCAGAGCAGAGCAAAUUUCCUGGGAGCCACAAAAUUCACAGGUCGAUCGGGGAAUAUUUUCCAAUGGAGUUGACGACUCGGAAGUUGCUCGAUAUGUGCGGCCAAGUGUUUGGGUUAUCCUUCUCCAGGCUUUCGGGAGAUGAGAGCGGAAAUUUCAAGAAGCGAUACAUUCAGACUAAGAAGUGGCCCAAGAGCGACUCGAAAGACCUUCUCGUUUUCAAAGUUCACGACACCAGUACUGGUAGUCACGGAGCCCUUUUGGGUGUCUUGCUGUUGGAUCUUGUGGACAAAAAGUCUAAGCCACAAGGGGCACAAUGCGGUACUUUUGGCCAAUGUGAAGUCAAGAACCUUGGAAGUCAAAAAUGGUCUCCUGCUAUUUACAUUCGUGCUGUGUUCCCCCCUGCCCGGAAAGAUGCGCCGGUCCUGGUUUCAAGUUACAAUGUCAUCACUUUAGCUCACGAGCUUGGCCACGCCAUUCAAGAAUUCACCCGUGGAGGCCUUGAUAGCAUGGCUUGGGACUCGGUCGAGAUAGCAAGCCACUUAGUGGAAAGACUAGUGUCCGAACCUGCUGUUCAACGCGAGUUGUCAUCGCACUAUGUUUAUGAGCAACAAGCCUACCUUGAUGCUUGGAGUACGUCUGGGAGAUCCUUGCCACCGAAGCAGGCGCCUCUUGACCUCCUGGAGAAAGGUGUCGAUAUGUAUUUACAUGAUCAGAUUUUGCCCUUUCUGAGAACUCUUUGGUUCACAAAAUUGGAUUUCAUACUCCACAGCUUCACGGAAGAAAUGCUCGACGCCGUAGAUCUGGGAGUCGAGUGCCAAAAGGCAUUGAGCGAAUGGACAGGAAUUUGCGGAACCGAUGACUCGAAUUAUGGCCCACCAAAGAAUAACGAGUACUUGCACUACAGGCAUUACCAGUACUACUACACAUCGCUAUACUGCUACCCAUAUUCGAAGAUCUGCGCCGAAGAAAUAUUCCAGACGCACUUUGUAAAAGACCCUUUGAAUCGCACGCAGGGUCUUCGAUUCCGAAAGACUUUUCUAGAGCAUCGUGAUGUGUUCCAAACACAGGCACAUCGGGAUUUGUUUCUGCAAAAAAAUGGCGAAGGUGCAGAGGCUAAAUUGGAGCGGGAUCUGUGGCUCAGUGGCCGCUCAGAAAAUAGUAUGGAUGCGCUGGUGAAGUUUUUGGGGAGGCCGCCAAAGAUGAAGCCUUUUGUUGACUACAUGUCAGGCGUCACUAGGGAGAGGGAGACUUCAAGGCAGGCGAUGUGGUCCUGGAAGAAAAUCUUGGCGAAAGUCGUCAGUUGAGAGACGUGUUGAAUGAGAAGAGUGUAGACGCGCAAGUAUAGUAGAGAUGCACUGGCCAGAAUGAGAUUAGACGAAACGAAGACAAGGAACCAGAGCCCGUCAU